AUGUACAGGCCACCAGCUUAUUUCCAGGAGCUUUCAGACAUCUCUCCUGCGACUUCGUUGAAGGAAGGUGAAAGAGAACCUGAAAUGGAAUCAGAACCGGAAUCAGAACAUGUGGAAUCAGUUCCUGCGAAGCGUGGAGUAUCGUUUGAUCAUGAACAAGCCAUUGAGUCUGAUAGUGGAGAAGAAUCCCUUGAUGAAGAGCACAGGAUUAACGAGUCUGACCAAUUGCUCCCCGAAUUCAAUAAAAGACCGUUGAGUGACACUCCGGUAAUGUCGGGCACUGUUUCUCCGUCUGCACAGGGUAUUGCUACGUCUCCGUUGAACUUGAGUGACACGGAAGACUCGGAUGGGGACGAUUAUGAGUCUGAAAGACGGCAGCGUGUUCAUGAGGCAGCUGUAAACACUCUCAAAAAUAUCACAAUUCAUAAAGACUUUCAAACUACUAUCGAUAUCCCGGGUCAGACAAGUUCUAAGAGCAACCCAAAAGGUAUAGUGGUAACACCUGAAAGAGUUGUCGUGGUAAUGAUUGGUCUUCCCGCUAGAGGGAAAUCAUACUUAGCCAACAAAUUGACCCGUUAUCUCAACUGGCUUCAAAUAAAUUGCCGUCUUUUCAAUGUGGGCAGCACCAGACGUAAAGAGAGUUCCAAGAUGGGACCCGAAAAUUACCCAUUACCUGACAAUAAUAGUGGGCAUCUUUUUUUCAGCCCGGACAAUAAAGACAGCAUUAAACUUCGUGAGAAAUGGGCGAUGGACACUCUGGACGCUCUUUUGCAUUAUUUAUUGGAAGAAGAUGGUUGUGUAGGGAUAUUCGAUGCCACAAACACUACCAAAGCACGCCGUCAAAAGGUCUUGAAUACGAUCGUAGAAAAGUCAAAUGGUCAACUGAAAGUGUUGUUUCUGGAGAGCAUCUGCACUGAUAAACGAAUAGUUGACCAAAAUAUACGUCUCAAGCUUUCCGGCCCUGAUUAUAAACGCAUGGAUCCAGAAAUAGCUCUGCAAGAUUUUGUUGCACGACUAAGUAAUUAUGAAAAGGCCUACGAGACAAUUGAUGAAGAAGAGGAGAAGCUGCCCAAUUUUCAAUACGUCAAGAUGGUGGAUGUUGGGAAAAAGGUAAUCGCUUUCAAUAUCCACGGUUUUUUGGCUUCGCAAAUAAUAUACUAUCUGCUUAACUUCAAUUUAUCGGAACGACAAAUCUGGAUCACAAGGCAUGGAGAGAGUACUGAUAAUGUCAAAGGUCGUAUCGGCGGUGAUUCAAGCUUGACCCCUCGUGGAGAUAAAUUUAGUAAAGCUUUGGCGAGGUUUAUUGACUUUAAAAGAACAGAGUUCCGCAAAAAGCAAUUACAAGAGUUUCAUGAACGACUCGAAAUCAAGUAUCGCAAAAAGGAGUCGCAGGCGACUUCAGAUGACCUCAAAGACGUUGAUGAGGAGGUUCCCGUUGAACCAUCUUUUUGUGUUUGGUCCUCAAUGUCCAAACGGUCUAUUGAAACAACCCGUUACUUUGAUGAUAAGGAGUUCCUGAUAAAGGAAAUGAAGAUGUUGGACGAACUUGGUGCAGGUAAGAUGGAUGGAAUGACAUACGAAGAGAUUCAGAAGAGCUAUCCAAACGAAUUCCAAGCCAGAUUAGUGGACAAGUUAACAUAUCGCUACCCCGGAGUUGGGGGUGAGUCAUAUUUGGAUGUGAUUAACAGGCUUAGACCUGUUAUAACGGAGAUCGAAAGGACUACAAGUCACCUCCUUCUGGUGACGCAUCGUGUUGUAACGAGAAUUCUGCUGGGCUAUUUUUUGAAUUUGGACAAGGAAGCAAUUGGAGAUUUGGAUGUUCCGUUACACACAGUAUACCUUUUGGAGCCUAAACCCUUUGGUGUAGAUUGGUCGUUUUAUGAUUACGAUGAAGCCUCAGAUUGGUUUGUUAAAAUUGAUCCAGAGACAUUAGAGAACAGGAAAAAGGUUAAGCAGGUGGGUAUUUCUUUCAGAGAGCGUAAGUUCUCAGUGGUACCAACGGCUCCAAGAAUAUCACGCCCUGGAUCAUUUGUGUUUUCUGACUCUAAUAGUAAUAAUUCUACGGCGGCUUCAGGUACUCAUUCUGUUCAAUCUGCCAACUCUUCCACAAGGUUAGCGGACUACUAUCGCAACAGAACAAACCAGGCAGUGGUUGAAGAUUUGAGAAGAGCACGAGGUCAGGCACCUAACGGUAGUUCACAAUUUACUCCUCACGGGAUCCCUCCACCCAAGAAUGCGAAUGCUCAAGCCCCAGAGGGACUACUAGAAGUGGAACAACUGAGUGCCAGAUUAAACAACCUUCGCACCACUCGAAAAUAA